AUGGCGACGACUCCCAGCCCCAAACGCGCUGCCGGCCCUCAACCAACUGCGCAACGAGCGCAACCCCCGCCGAGACCUAUUUUACCAACACCUACCCGAGUGAAUCCCUCGAGUCCCGAAUACAAGCGAGCCGCUAGAAAAUAUACUCAGCUUAUGGUUGCUAUGCCUAUUUUACUGGUUACGUCGUGGUUUCUAUUCGACCGACUUGUUUUAGGUCAUGAGCCGAAAACACUACCUAAGAGAACCACAUUAGACGCGAUAAUAACGGAACAGAAUAAGGGUUGA